AGAAGUUUGGAUUCGGUGUGUCUUGCUGCGAUGAAUAAGCCUGGAUAGGGUGGAUCUCUAACGACGGCGGAGUGGAUGGCCGCAGUCUUUCCAACGUUUCCCAGGGAGUGAGCGCCCUUGACAUUGGGGGCGGGAUAACUUCUGAGUAAACGUGUAGCAGAAGUGACUCCUUGGAAGUCUAGUGACCUAACGGCGUGCGUGGCGAAAGGGUGCGUUGCUUCCCGCGCUCCAAGGUUGGGUCCUGCCGGGCGGGACGGGCGCUGGGGCUGUCCCGGUGGCUGGUGAUCCCUGGCCCAAAUGAGGCUGCCUGCUGCUGGGAAGAGAUCGAGCGGAGGGAAAUCAGCUGCAUCUGUGCCGAGGAGGGAGGAGCAGCCCUGGCCCUUUCUUUCAGGAAAAGGAACGGUUGUGCAUGAAGGAAUCAAGCGAAGUGCUGCGGGGCCAGAUGCAGUGCAUGAUGCGGACUCUCCAUGAUUUGAAAAGAGCACAUGACCAGGACCUUCGACUAGAUCCCAAGGAAAUGAGGCCACUCCCUUCCAUGCCUUCGCCAAAGCAGUGCACCAGUCCAAGGGUAUCAGCCAUUUCAGAAGCAGAUUCUGCCUGUUGUCUGGAGGUGGCUGUGGAAGAAGAGAUGGCCUUCUCUCACCCGAGCAGUGAGCGGAGUCUGGAGUUUGAUUCGGGUUACUCUGAAGUGUCAGGGAGCAGCUGGCGGGAUGAAGAUGGCCCCCCACCAUUGAGAGCCAGUAAGCUUUCUUCUGGGGGUUUCUUACGCCGCCGAGCACCUGCCAGGAGGCCUCGGCCCAAAUCUGCUUCUGAUGCCUGCCUGGAGCGGUGGCGGGAAGUGGAACCUGCAGACGCAGGGGACUGGACAGUGUCCCUUCUGUCACAGAGCCGCAACCGGCAACCAUUGGUGUUGGGUGAUAACUGCUUUGCGGACUUGGUUGAGAACUGGAUGGACCUGCCGGAGGAGAGUGGGGAACGUGGGCGGCUGCAGCGCUGGCUGGCCAAGCCCCACGGAUUCCUGCUCAACCUUUCUGGCAAUGUGCGCCGCAGACUUGCCGGCAUCUCACGCACAGAGCGUAUUAAGCAGGACGCUGAUGGCACAAAGCGUUUUUCCUGCCCUGUAGGACUGGGUGCACGGCCAACGCUCCCCUACUUCCACCAGUCCCACGCCAACAUCAGUGAGCUUUCAACAGACUGUAACAGCUUUGCUGCCCUCAUGAACUGUCGAAGUCGGCAACCAAUCAUUUGCAAUGAUGUGAUCGGAUACAUCUAGUCUUGCUGAGGUUUCUUAAUACUUUUUAAAUAUAAAUAUAAUUUUUUACAGAUUUUGUAAAUAAAUGUCUUUUUUCCUUA